UUUUCCUAAAUGAACUUCUCUGCUAUUUAAUGGAGUUCACUUGUUUUUCUGAUAUUUAGAUUUUACUGAAUGUAGUAGAAUUUUCGUAAGCAAAAAUAUCGUAGAAGAUGGUAGCGGUCUUUUUCAAGAAGUUAAUGCUCUGCAUCUUCAUCUUCGAUGCUGUUCUUGUUAUAUUUAGCUUCUUUUUUUUUUUUUUUUUCUCUGUCAUCCUUUUCUUCUUCCUCAAUGAGCCAAAAAGUCAUGCGGUGGUGGAGUUCCAUUCUCUGGUUUGUAUAUUUUUCAGCUUUUUCUACAAAUUCAACAGGCUCUAAACUCCAUGAACAAGCUAGAAGGAGACUUGAUGAUGUGGGUGGCAACAUAAAUAUUGAUUGUGGAAUCCCGGAAGGUUCUACUACCAUAGACCCAAACACCGAUAUCCAUUACACAACCGAUUCGCACUUUAUCAACACUGGAAUCAACAGUAACAUAUCUCCCAAAUUCAUUUCUGAAGAUCUUCAAAAGGUUUUCAUGAAUGUUAGAAGUUUCCCACAAGGAAACCGGAGCUGCUACACUUUACGUCCUCCAGAAGGCAAAGCUACUAUCUACUUGAUCCGAGCUUCCUUCAUGUAUGGAGAUUAUGAUGGACUGAACAAGCUGCCGGAAUUCGAUCUUUAUGUUGGAAUGAAUUUGUGGGAUACUGUCAAGUUUGAUAGUGCAUCUCAUGUUGUAAUCAAGGAGAUCAUACUUGCUCCCAUGAUGGAUAAUAUUUAUGUUUGCCUCAUCAGGACUACUUCUGAUACUCCUUUUAUAUCAGUAUUGGAGGUCAGGCAUUUCCAUACUUCCAUUUAUAGAACUGAAUCCGGACCCUUACUUCUCCACAGGAGACUCGAUGUUGGUUCAACGAGCAACCGGAUAAUCAGGAGAGGAACCACCUAUAAGUACCUAUAAUAGACACUAUAGGAUUCAUUCUAUAUGUUAGUUUGAUAAGCUAAUGAGGUCAUAGAAGAUGACAUGCUCGUUCAAUUUUACUAGGUUCAAAGAUGAUGUCUAUGAUAGGAUGUGGUUUUCUUUUAACGUAGUGGAAGAGGAAUUAUUCAACACGUCCUUCACCACCGACUCUCUGGUAGAAUCCGAGUAUAGAUUGCCAUCAAAAGUAAUGCAAACUGCUAUUAGGCCAAUCGAUGUCAAUGACUCGUUGGAUUUAGUCUUUGAUAUUGGUGAUCCCACCUUAAAGUACUACGUGUACAUGCACUUUGCGGAACUCCAAGAACUCGAAGAUGAUCAACUUAGAGAAUUCAAUAUUGAGUUGAAUGGUAAACUAUGGCAGGAAUCUGUUGUUCCUAAUUACCUAAGAUCUAUAACUAUUCAUAACAAUCAAUCUGUAAGAGGAGCCAGUUUAAAGUUUCGACUCUAUAAGACACCGCGUUCUGUACUUCCUCCAAUUGUAAAUGCCAUGGAAAUAUAUAUACUUAAGGACUUCUUGCAGGCCUUCACAGCUCAAGAAGAUGUUCUUGCUAUUCUGGAUAUCAAGAUGAUUUAUGAAGUGGUUGAUAACUGGGAGGGGGAUCCAUGUGGACCAAUUUUCACUUGGGAUGAUGUAAAUUGCAGUUACAGUGGUUAUGAUCCUCCAAGAAUCAUCUCAUUGAAUCUAAGUUCAAAAGGAUUAAAAGGGCAGAUAUCUCCUUCAUUGUCCAAGAUCAAAUCAUUACAGUAUUUGGAUUUGUCCAACAACAGUUUAAGAGGAGAAGUUCCUGAAUCUCUGUCUCAACUAUCAGACUUGAUGACUCUUAAUUUAGCAGGAAAUAAACUCUCAGGAUUAAUUCCUUCCGGCCUCACAGAGAAAUCAAGAAAAGGUUCACUAUCACUCAGUAUUGAAGGGAAUCUGGAUAUUUGUCUCUCGCCUCCAUGCAGAAAUGGGAAGAAAAAUAUUGUAGUGCCAGUUGUUGCAGUCAUAAUCUCAUUGGUAGUCUUAUUGGUUGCUGCAUUUCUUUUUCUCUGGAUAUUCAAAAGGAAAAAAGCCCAACACUUUCUACUCAAGUUCAAACAAGGUUCUCUGAAAUCGGAUAAUCGACAGUUUACAUACACUGAAAUUGUAAGUAUUACCAAUAACUUCGAAACUGUUGUUGGGAAAGGAGGAUUUGGAACAGUGUACCAUGGUAAACUGGAUGAUGGAAUGCAAGUUGCUGUCAAAAUGCUUUCUUCUUUCUCAGCUCAAGGGUCAGAACAGUUUCGAACCGAGGCUCAGCUGUUGAUGCGUGUUCAUCAUAAAAACUUAACUACUCUUGUCGGAUACUGUCAUGACAGUACUAAUUUUGGGAUUGUCUAUGAGUACAUGUCUUAUGGAAACCUAGAGCAGUAUCUAUCAGCUGAAGCAAAUCAAGUGUUGAGUUGGAGAGAGAGACUCAAAAUUGCAGUUGACACAGCACAAGGGCUAGAAUACCUGCAUCAUGGGUGCAAACCACCAAUAAUCCACAGAGAUGUGAAGAGUGCAAACAUUUUACUGAAUGAAAAAAUGCAAGCAAAGAUUGCUGAUUUUGGGUUCUCAAAAUUCUUUCCAGUUGAAAGUGGCAGCCAUUUAUUGACUUCAAUUGUUGGUACAGUGGGAUAUUUAGACCCAGAGUACUAUUCAUCUGGGAGGUUAACAGAGAAAAGUGAUGUAUACAGCUUUGGUGUGGUUCUAUUGGAGCUAAUUACAGGACAGCCUGCAGUGAUACAAACCCAUGAAAACACAAACAUAAUAAAAUGGGUGAGUUUGUUUAUGGAGAAAGGAGAUAUCAGAAGGAUAAUUGAUCCGAGACUGGAAGAGAAUUAUGAAAUGAAUUCAGUGUGGAAAGCUUUGGAGAUAGCCAUGUCAUGUGUACCUUCAACUUCAAUCCAGAGGCCACCUAUGAACCAUGUUGUGAUUGAGUUGAAGGAGUGUUUGGAGACUGAAAUGUCUCGUGACAUUACAUCAUCUACCUCUUUUGAUAUCACCCCUUUUAAUCUCGGUGCUGAAAUUGGUCCUCAGGCUCGGUAGACAUAAAUGUAAUAUGUAUAUACGCAUAUAUAAAUAUGUAUGCACGGGACACCUUCUCUUGUUUGUUUCUCCAUAUGCAUGGCGGCUAAAACGUGUUCAAGGACUACUGAUGUGUUGGAAGAACUAAUAACUAUGAGCUUUU